UCCUGUUUUCACCUUCCUUUGGUUCAUUUGACCAAACCCAAUACCGUUCCUUCACAUGUAUUUACGAUUCCUUUCCUACGUCGCCCUCUUCACUUCCUUCGCAGCCGCUUUUCCGAUUGUUCCGACAACAUCUUCGGCAGAUACACCCUCCACCGUCCAUGUUGAUACAGCCACUUCUAUGAACGUCCUGAUCAGCAGUCUGGGCGAAUACUAUGAAACGGUCGUUGACCUGGUGAUGGAAAGCGUUACCGACGAUAUUCUCUCGGCCGCUCCGCACACGUCCAUGGCCAUUCACCAAUGUACACCUCAAGAAGAUUAUCCUUGUCGCGCUUCGCACCGUCCGUUUGUUCGCAAUCUGCAUGAUCAUCUCAACUUCAUGCGGAGCAAUCUUUUGGCUUCUGUCCAACCGCUUGUGGAAGCCAACCUUCCUUCGGUGGUGUCCGUUUCAUCCCUGGUAUCGGUGGAUGAAGUGGUUGAUGAUGAUACCGAUACCGAUAUCAAGCCUGUCUCUGCAAAGGAAAUGACCCAAUCGUUGCUGGCUUUGAAUCAUCGAAUGGCCAAACAGCUAAGCCUAAUUGUCAACGCGGAAGAAGCAUCCGAAAUUAUCAUUAAGCAAUCUCUUCCUAUCCGACGCUUCAACGGCCGUUCCAUCCGCAAGGCACGUAUCCGGUGGUACCAAGGUCAUAGCAACCAGAUCCAAAUCAAUAAAUCAUCGGUUGUAUACGAAGCCGACGCUGAACAACAAGAAUCCGAAACCGUCGAUGAAUCGGCCUAUUACUACCAUGCCCGUAGCCACACCACCAGAGAAGCGAAAGCCUUGACAGCAUGGCUUGCCACAUGGCUAAAGAGCGUCCAGGUGGACCUGUCACGGGAAUUUGAUCGACGAGUACAAGACGCAGUGCAUUCAUUAAUGGAAAGUUUUCUCAUCGAUGAAUAAGUCAAGCCUCGACACCUCUCUUUUUACUAUAUCUCUUUACUACUUCCAUUUUUCCUUAAAUCGCUCCACUUGUAUGAUAUCACUGCUGUCAUUUUAUUUUCCUACUCAUAAGGAAAAUAGAUCUUAUUACCCCCUUCAAACUUGAUGACACUCCUCCCACCUGUAGAUAAAACAAAAAGAGUACCUUGUUAUUUCCAUGUCCAACCCUAACACAUAAAUCAAUAUCACUUUAUACAAGAAAUACACAAGGCAUUCCAUCA